AGACCGCGCGUGUCCAUUGAGUAUUGCACAAAGUGCCGGUGGAUGCUACGUGCAGCAUGGAUGGGCCAAGAAUUGCUUACAACCUUUGAUACGCUGAUUGGCGAGCUUGCGAUUAUUCCUGGCGCUGCUGCUGUGUUUCAAGUGAAAGUCAAUGACGUGAUUAUUUGGGAUCGUAAGGAGAAAGGCAGAUUUCCCGAAGUCAAAGAGCUGAAACAAUUGAUCCGGGACAUCAUUGCACCGGAUAUGUCAUUGGGUCAUUCUGACCGUAAGAAGGAGCCUGAGAAG